GAAUUUUUGGGGCGGUGCACAUGAAUAAGAAGGUGUGUCUGUCCGUGUGUCAUCUAUGAUAUUAAUCAAGAUCUGGUAUAAAUAAAGCUCUGACAGUUUAGAUGUUAGUUGCUCAGUGUCAGAAAAUAAUCUGCUACCUAUCUACUGUGAUGCCACCCCAGAGUAAUAAUACAUACACUGUAUAUUUCUCUCCCUUCUCCCAGAAACCAUGGUGAGCAAGGAAAACAGCAAGGUCGUGCUAUCCAACUCAGAGUCCGAUUCAGAGGCAGGCCCGUCACAAAGCCUGGAGGUGCAGUACGGUCCUGACGGCAAACAGCAGGUGAAGAAGAGGAACAAAGCCUUACAAGUCCGCUUCAAGGACAUAUGUGACGCCCAGAAGGAGCAGCGGGCAGGGGGGCGAGGAGCCCGGUCCAUUUCCUGUAAAGUGGCUUACAGGAAGUACAUGACGAUGCCUGCGCGGCGCUCCAUCCCCAAUGUGACUAAGAGCACAGGUGUCCAGACGUCACCGGACCUUACGAAACACUACCAGACUUUCCCCUUCGAGCGAAAGAAAGGACACACGAUCAAACACACGGCCUUGGUGGAGGACUACAAGGGCCAGAACAACGGGUUUUUGAGUGACUUGAAAGGGCAGGAGGAGGCGCUCGGUUUAGAGGAGUGCUCGUCUUCUCAGGGUGCAGGGAAGCAUGUGCGGCAGACGCAAGCACUGCUCCACCACACGGACGACAGCAGUGGCACAGAGGAUCUGUUAUCCAUUGCCAACUGUGUAGAUGGGCGUGCGUGCCCGGACUCCUCUCGCAUCACAAAGGACACAGAAUGCUUUGCAAAUGACCCAACUCCCAGGGGAGAGCCAGAGAACCCUGCCUAUGGCGCGAGGACCAAACGCAAAGGAUUAUCCAAAGCGGACACAAUGGGUGCCAACCCUUCUGCCAAGCGCCAGCUGGCCAACUGUGAGGAACCCUUACAGGACACAAGGUCAAAGGUCACAAGUCCAGUUGCCUGGAACUCCCUGACGCAAGUGGAAGGUCUAGGCCUAGGGAGUCCGUCGGUGCGCUGCAAACGCAAAAAGGCCAUGCAGCCCAAUGGACAACAGUCCCAGACACUGCCCCACCCCCACAGUGCUGGCUGCUCUGUAGCUAGGGUGAAGGCACAUCAGUGCCGAUCAGGGACUUUACCAACCCCAAUGAAACCCCAACCGGGCCUGGACAGCCAGGCUUGCCCCCCAGGACGGCAGGGUGCCUGCAAGGAGAUAGUGCCCUUAGCUGGGAACGGGGAUAUUAAAGAAAAGCUCCAGGCCAUGGAAAACCUCAUCAGCUCCAGUCAGGAGACCAUCAAAGUCUUACUGGGGGUCAUCCAAGAGCUGGAGAAGGGCGAGGCUCAGAGAGAAGGGCUUUCCUACCGAACCGGACAGGACACAGCCAACUGCGACACGUGUCGAAACAGUGCCUGCAUCAUUUAUAGUGUGGAGCUGGACUUCAAGCAGCAGGAGGACAAAUUACAGCCCCUGAUUAAGAGACUGUGCCCCUUGGACGACCCUCAAUACCCUGCUCUGCCUUACCCCCACGAGGUGUUCACCUCAACCCCCAAACGCAAGUCCAAGACAGAGUCCAAAAAGCAUGGUCGCUGGAAACUCUGGUUCCUAUAAUUUAGGGAACACUUUGGAUUUUGGAAUGGCCUUUUGGAUCAGUUUUUACCCAUUUACUAUCUUCUCUCAAAGGGAUUUAUCAGAACAGAUUUUUUGCUCCAGAGGACAGAUAACCAGAUACCAGUAAACCAUCUACAGUAUAUCAGGAUUCUGAGUUGGAACUGCACUAGAAAUCAAUGGGAGGGGGGUAAAAAAAAAAUAUAUAUAUAUUUUCUCAUGGAGGUUUAGAGUCUGCCAAGACUUCAGUUUCUGGCUCAAACACCAGAGAAGAUCAACUUAUACUCUGGCUAGAGGUUAGCAAAACAACAAGGUGAGACUGGAUAUAUUUAGGUCAUCUUGAGAUGUAGCCUACAAUAUGAAGACGGAUGUUAUUUAUUUACUGGGCAAAUGCUUCUCUCACUUUUUUAUUUAUGAAUUCCAAUGGCACACCUUUUUGGUCUCUUUCCCCAGAGACCUCUGCUUGAGUAGAAGAGGAAUCACCAUGUGGAAGGCCUGUUUCUCUACAAAGCUACUUUAACCGUACAUCAGCCUGUCGGCAAAGCACAAACAUUUGGAGACUGAGAUGGAAGAAGAAGUUAUAUACAGUACAUUAAAGUAUAUUAGUGAACCAACUCUACAUGAACCCUUCUUGCCCCUUCUCUCCAGUCUUGAGAGAACCCAAUCUCUGUCUCCCAGUCUCUCUCUCUCUGUCUCUCUAUCCCCUCUCACUCUCUCCACUCUCUCUCUCUCUCUUUCCCCCUCUCUCUCUCUCCCCCCUCUCUCCUUCUCUUCCAUCUCUCUCUCUCGCUCGCUCUGUCUCUCUCUCCCAUCUCUCUCGCUCUCUCUCUCUUCCAUCUCUCUCUCCCUCAUUCUCUCUGUCUCUCUCUCUGUCUGCACACAGACACACACUUCAGGAGUUUGUUAAGAAUGAUUGAGGUAUCUGAGAUCCUAGACUGCGUUGUCUUUUAGAAACAGGAUGUAAUCCAAGUUAUAGUUCUCCUCGAAGCUGUUCUAAUCCCUCAGUGUUCAGAAAUAGAAAAAAUUGACUUAUUUUUAACAUAUUAAAGUUUAUUGAUAUGUUUUAUUACUGUGUUAUUCAACCCGCAGCAGACUUUUUUAUUUUUUUUAAUUACCUUAAAUGCUUUUCUUAAAUAUCAGUUGAAAAGGUAAGCAUAUUUUGCAACUUCUUUAUCAUGUCACACGCAUAAAGCUUUCAGUGUCUUUAACUUACGUACUGGCUAACAUCGCACUAACUUAUUCUCACCCACAGCAAGGAAAUGUACUGUAAAGACAUGAUGAAACUCAUCACUAUUCUCUCUGCGAUAUGUAUUUCACAUUCUAACACACUUGGCUUAAUUGAUCCUCAUCACAGACCACAUGGUCAUUCACAUGAUGCUAUAAUUCUGCAAUUGAUUGAUUAACACUGAUCAGCACCAAAGGCCUUUGAUUACCAUCUCCUAUAUGAUUACGUUAGGGGUGAAAUCAACUCACCACCCAGGAGAAGCAAUCCAUGCACUGAACUUGCAAUCUUUAUAUUUCUAGACCAGUGAUAAAUAGUGACUUUGGUAGCAGAGAGAUUCAGUUGAUGUAGCCACGAAAACUAUACACUUACUGCAUCAUUCGUUUAUGGACAAUCAUUUCAAUCUCACAUUAAAAAUGUCACACAGACAUCAUGUGAUUCAAUCACACAUCUGUUCUUGUCGACUGGGUUUUCCAAGUCUUUCAUUAUUUGGCUGUGGCAUACUGAAAGACAGACACAUAGCGAUACCUUAAGGAAGUGCAAUUCAUUGAUCAUGUGCAAUAUUAUGCAUUUUGUACUGUUUUUACCUCACACAAAAUGCAUUUUCAAUAAAAACCAAUAUAAUUAUGAGAGGUGUGCUGAAAUGAUUCUGUGGUAUACUGUGUGAAUUGCAGGGCAGCGACAGUUUGAUACAAAGCAAUGUUGAUGGAAUAUAAAAAGUUGGACUCCAUCUGAGAACCGGUAGGUACAUCAACAUGGUACAGUACAUGU